UGGAGCGGCUUGGGUCGCCGGCUGGGGUAAAGUCUCGAAUCUCCGACGGCAUUUGAAGGCAGCGGGAGUCCUCCCAGUCGAAUCUGGCUGAACGUGACGUGCCGAGUCGGAGCCCAGGAGGAGCGAGGUUUCCUGGCGGAGCAGCGGGAGCCGAGCGGUUCUGGCAGUCUGUGGCGCAAACCUCCUUCUCUUCAGCACAACGCCGGUGGCUAUGGCUCCAUCGCUGUCCUCCUGAAGGGACGUUACUCCGUCGGAUGCUUCACUAACCACCGAGGAGGGAAGGAGGAGGAGGAGGGGGCAUCCCUGUCGGGCUUCGACUACCAGGCUGACUCACCCCAGGAGUGCCUGAACACUUACAGAGAAGUUUCAGAGAACACAAGUAAGGAACACUGUGAAACACGGCUCAAGAAGGAAGGUGGGGGGAAAAGAACGAGGCGCUGGGGAGAGACACAGACGACUGCAAGUGAAAGUGGAGUGGCGUCCGUGCUGUGACGAGGGGACGAGAAAGUGACAGCUGGAGUCAGAGAGAGACAAACGUUUGUUACAAGGAAACGCCGCCGCCCAGCAAGCAAGGUGAGCAAAGUGCUGAUCCAUCGGAAGGUCAAGCGGACCUCUAAGUUCAGGGAAAACCAGGCGUACCACUACCCCUCCGACUGCUGUCUCAGAACUGUCACCACACUGGGAGAACUGGGAGAACGGGUGUUGAGGAGAAGCCACCAUGAGCGACCAGAACGUCGUCAAGGAAGGCUGGGUCCAGAAAAGAGGCGAAUACAUCAAGAACUGGCGACCACGUUACUUUCUGCUCAAGACAGACGGCUCCUUCAUCGGGUACAAGGACAAACCCCAGGACUCGGACCUGGCCUAUCCGCUCAACAACUUCUCUGUAGCAAAAUGUCAGCUGAUGAAGACAGAACGACCCAAACCAAACACCUUCAUCAUCCGCUGUCUGCAGUGGACCACCGUCAUCGAGAGGACUUUUCACGUCGACACUCCUGAUGAGAGGGACGAGUGGGCCGAGGCCAUUCAGAUGGUAGCAGAGUCGCUGGCUAAGCAGGAGGAGGAAGGCAUCCUGUCCAGCCCCACUUCCCAGAUUGAGAACGUUAAUGAGGAGGAGAUGGACACCUCCAUUAGCCACUACAAACGAAAGACAAUGAAUGACUUUGACUAUCUGAAGCUUCUGGGUAAAGGCACGUUUGGAAAAGUCAUUCUGGUGAGGGAGAAGGCAAGCGGCACCUACUAUGCCAUGAAGAUCCUGAAGAAGGAAGUCAUUAUAGCCAAGGAUGAAGUUGCUCAUACGCUCACAGAAAGUAGAGUAUUGAAAAACACUCGGCAUCCGUUCCUCACAUCUUUAAAGUACUCAUUCCAGACCAAGGACCGGCUUUGCUUUGUAAUGGAAUACGUCAAUGGAGGAGAGCUGUUUUUCCACUUGUCAAGAGAGAGAGUGUUUUCAGAGGACCGCACUCGUUUUUAUGGCGCCGAGAUAGUUUCUGCUUUAGACUACCUUCAUUCUGCCAAGAUCGUCUAUCGUGAUCUCAAGCUGGAAAACCUCAUGUUAGACAAAGAUGGCCACAUCAAGAUCACUGAUUUUGGCCUGUGUAAAGAAGGCAUUACCGACACUGCAACUAUGAAGACCUUCUGUGGAACACCGGAGUACCUUGCUCCUGAGGUUCUGGAGGACAAUGACUACGGGCGAGCGGUGGACUGGUGGGGCUUGGGCGUAGUUACGUAUGAAAUGAUGUGCGGCCGACUUCCGUUCUACAACCAAGACCACGAGAAGCUGUUUGAGCUCAUCCUGAUGGAAGAGAUCAAGUUUCCACGGACACUGUCCGCUGACGCCAAGUCGCUGCUGUCAGGGCUGCUGAUCAAGGACCCCAACAAACGGCUGGGCGGCGGGCCGGAUGACGCUAAGGAGAUUAUGAGGCACAGCUUCUUCGGCACAAUCGAUUGGCAGGACGUGUACGACAAGAAGCUGGUUCCUCCCUUCCAGCCGCAGGUCUCCUCAGAGACGGACACGCGCUACUUUGAUGAAGAGUUCACAGCACAGACCAUCACCAUAACUCCACCAGAAAAAUAUGACGAGGACGGGAUGGACGCAGCAGACAACGAGCGACGGCCUCAUUUCCCACAAUUCUCCUACUCAGCCAGCGGGCGGGAGUGAGCGCUUCGUCCCAGUCAGCCACUAUCGUCCCCAUUCGUGGCCAUUUUGAGGAAAACACGUAGCCAUUCUAGGAAAAAAAAAAAAAAUACCAGUCUCCCCUCUUUUUCUCCUUGUCUGCCUCGUCACAGAUGGGGGGGGGAAGUCUUUUAGGGACUUUAAAAGAGGUUUUUUGCACAGUGGGAUAGACUCAAGCUGGUCUCCCCACACUAAAAAAAAAGUCUCCUACAUUUUCAGCGCUAUUUACUGCAGAAGGCAAUGUUUUUGUUAUUUAUUUUUUUUCUCUCCAUCAGUAUUAAGUUGUUGAACCCAUGAUCUUUGCGAUUUAUCUUUUUUUUUUUUUUUGUUCGUUCGUUUGUCGUUCCUGCCCUUUUUUUUGUUCUUCUUUUGACGUUUUUGCACUUGGUUUGGAAGAGCCGUUUUAGGGAACAAAAAACCAAAAAUGUUGCCUUAUGUGUGCAGAUGUUUUGUAUCAUGCAGACAGGGUGGGUUUUGUUGUUGUCCGCGUUUCUUUUGGGAGAGGGCAGCCGGAUUCUGGGUCCUGAGGGGUCGCCCUUACUGCAUGGCUAGCGGUUUCACUCAUUUGAAGGAAAAAAAAAAAAAGAAAAAAAAAAUCUUUCUCAUACAUUUGUCAUGGUGGCACACAUUCCUAAUGCCAUGCCAAUGAAAAUCAGCUAAAAGGUGAAAGAAGAGUAGAGAAAAUAAUAAGAACGGACGAGUCUGUACCAUUUCCUUCAUCGCUGCAGUGUCCCUACUUUUUUUUAACGCAUAAGAUCUACUUAACGGUUCCUUUUUCUGAAACACUAAACUGCCGCACAGCUCACUCAGGCGCUACAGAGCACAAGCAGGUUCACACUCAGCUACGCACUCCAGCUCUGCACAGCCAGUCUCUCUCUCUCUCCGCUACUCGCCACCUCUCCUCCUCUUCUGUUCGCUCAUCUUUGCUGUAGGACAAGGGGAAUGAUCCUUCCCACAGGGAAAUGUAGUUUAAGGUAUGUGUGUACUGUAUGUAUGUGGGACGCAUAUGCUGUUAUGGCGCACAGACACACACUCACCACACACACACACACACACACACACACACCACAAACACAGGCGUUUUCUGUUUGGGGUCAGACUGGCGUUAACUCCAGGAUAAAUCCGACUCGGCGUUUUUGUGAGACGCGGGCGCAGGGUGCCAGGCUCACCAGCAGGGGGAGUUCAGCUGGUACUGCAGAUUUCACAGGGAUCGUUCAUUUGAAAUUUGGUUUCACUCCCUCCGUCUAAAGGCAAAUCUUUGUUAAAGAUGCUCAAAACAGUGUCAGGAUUGAGUCUUAAGCUUCUGUAUUUAUUAUCGUUGAACUCAGUUUAAAUUAAUUGUAUGUGGAAAAGCUGGAGUGGAGCUGUGAGGCAAUGCCUUCCUAACCACAGCAACCUGACCGUGUCACAUGUUAUCUCUGGCUCACACAGUUGGUCAAAUCUGUUCCCAGGUCCUUACUUUAAUAUAUCCUCUCCCCGUGGGAAAGAAAAUAUGUUAAAAAAAAAAACAGAAUAAAGUGGAGUUGUUGGCAUGUAGCUGCUGUUUCUCAUUUCGAUGCCUCUCGCCUAGUCCCUUGUUGUUCCAGCUCUGAUCAGCUCGUGUUACCAAGUUCAGCUCUGUUCUCCUGAACAUGCCUGGAUAUGCAGGAAACUUUUCUUACUGUUUCAUAAGAUCUCAGUACUCUUCUUACCCUGAGCCGAAAAGUCAAUCAGAAUGGAAAUGUUAGCUUUAAGGUUCAUGUUUGUGGGAAUAUUUAAGGUAGUCACCUAAACAGGAUUAGAUUAGCUGCAUACAGCUGGAAAAAACUCCAGACCACCCUGACUUUGUCUCUGGCCGCCCACUUCAACAAUUUAAAAUUUUGGGGUUUUGAAACCAGAGCUUUUAAAAUGAUGCCUAGCAUGUCCACCUGCCGCGUUGUAGAUUUGGACCAGAGAGCUUCCCAGCUUUCUCCAGCAGACCUUUAUAGGUUGGAGACAAAAAAGCAUUCAUUCCCUGAUCCCCUGAAGCUGCAGACUUUGUUAAAGUAAAAAAUAAUAUCCUUAUUAUUGCGGCAUCAUUUCUCUAUGAAAAAUGUAGGAAAUUCAUCUUUUCAUCUGAAAACAUUAACUCUGUGGAGGGGAAAAGAUCUAAUGUAAAAAAAAUGUUUUUAACCAAAUGACUUGGGCCACAUUUAUAAGCCACUCUAAGAAGCCCUUGUAGAAUAAACAUAGCGGCAGCAUUUUUAUCUCCAGGUUGAUCAGAGUUUCUAGAAACUUCUAAGUAGUACUCCAGCACUUGUUUUGUUGUGGUGUGAACACGAGGGGACAUGGAGGCCCGUUUCUUUUAGCUGCUGUCCACUGGGCUGGAUAAGGAGCCAUGUUUGUUCUUACACCACACACAGCGAGUGGGCUGGUAAGAGGGAUGAAGAUCGCUCACCAUCAGAGAUGUGUGGCAUCUUCAGGUCUCCAUGGCAACAUCUAAACAGUUGUGAGUUGCGCUAGAAAAACCCAGUCUUCUCUGUCCUCAAAAUCAGGUAAAUGUAGAGUUUUCUAAACGCCGCUGGACUUUAACUAGGAUGGUCAAACGGGACUGAGGUCGAGCUUUUUGGCAAUAAACGCUCUAGCUGGGUUUACCGCGAGACAGGAUGAAUACCUGGAAUAACACUUCAUGUCCACUGUUAAGUACGGUGGAGGAUCUGUGAUGCUGUGGGUUCCUGGUCCAGAAGGUCUGGGAACCGUGCGCGGCAUCAUGAACUUUUUCAAAUACCAGUAGAUUUAAAGAGAAAUCCCAAUCCUUGGGUCAUUCAGCAGCAAAAAUGAUUCAAAUCAACAGCAGUGGGUGGAAGACGAAGCCAGUCUUCUUCCCUCCUGGGUCCAGACGUGAAUCCUGUGGACCUGUGGGGUGAGCGGAGUAGAGCAUCAGAGAGGACCAGGACUCUGGAGGAUGUAGAGAUGAAAGGUGUUUAAGUGCUUCAGAAGCAAGGGGUGGUUGUUGCAAGCAUUAGCAGCAGGAGUCCCUGGAACGGUGACCAAUUCUUUAGUUCAACACAAUUAUGUUCAAUCAUCUUUUUUCUCCCCGCCACAAAAUAAAUGUAGUCGAAUUAAAGGGAGGGUUUUUAAUGCUACAGUGUGAGAUUGUUUCCAUGUUUGCCUGUGUGCCAGCAGAUUUUCUGUCCCCAUCACUGAAAACGCAUCGCAUCCGAUUUACUCCUGGAGAAUACCACUAACACAAAACUCAAGGUUCCUGCACAGCUCAAAACACUGAAUAUAAGUUGUUGAAGAGAUUUAAUAGAGCGGGGAAGUACAGUGUGACUAAAGCAUAGCGUCUGGGGGGAAAAAAAAGAAAGCUGGUAUGUUUGGAGGGUUUUCUGCAGGAACUGUGAGCUGACCGCUGUGAAGCUCACCACACAGCAUGUCAGAGUUCAGUUUUAAUCAAGAGGAUUCAUAUUUAUCUACAAAUACCACACAGAGACUGAUGUUAAUAUAAAGCAUAGGUGUAAAGAAAGUAAAAUCUAUCACGCAGAUGCAACAGGGGGGUCCUGGUCCGUCUGUGCUGCCAGUAUUAUGAGAGAGUUUAUUUACACACAUGUACAAAUCUGUACCGAAUCUGUAUCCAUGAAUCACAUAUAACAAGAAAACUGAGCCGUGAGACACUCAAACAUGAAGACUGUGAUGACUGCCAGAAAAAUGUCUCCAAACUUCUUGAUGUACAUAUGCAAUGCCUUUUUUUUCUUUCUUUUUCUUUUUUUCCUGUUUUUUUUUUGUUUGUUUUUUUUGUCCUUACAGACAAGGUGAAUAAUGCAACGACUGAAAAACUACUUUUAGGAAAUAAAAAUUAAGGACCGUGUUUAACCACUAAUUUUUAUUUUUAUUUUUUAAAUAAAUGAAUUUACUUCCUAUCAUACACGGGUGAUGUUUCCAUGGAGACAAACCCCACCGCCUUCCUCUCAUCAUCACGGUCCCUGAAAACGACCGACUCCUGAACCCCUUGAGGACAUCGCUGGACCCCUGGAGUCUGCACUGAACUGUCAGCUUCUCUUUUCUUUCACCAUCUCUGGAAAAAAAAAAAUGCUAGACGUGGGACCAUUGCUAGCUUCUUUUUUUUUGUUUGUUUUUUCUUCUUUGGAAAAAAAAAAAACAAUGACGGUUUGAUCAGGUUGUUGCGAACUCACCGAUCCUCGAUCCCUUCUCUCCCAUUUUUUUUGUACCGUAGUGUUUGUUUUAUUUAUAUUUGUCAUUCUACACAGUGUUAUCUUGUAUGUUGUAAAAAAAAAAGAAAAAAAAAAAGAAAAACAGGCACGUCUUGAAAGUUUCUGAAAGGUGAUGACGGAUUAACUGAAGUCUUAUUUUAUUUGGUUUCUUUUUUUUUUGGGGAUCAUUUGCUUGUUUGUUUUCUUACCAAAACAUUAGAGCAAGAACCCAGUAGUGGACUUGCAUUGCCGUGUUAGUAUUUAUUUUGAAUUAAAUUAAAAGAAAUACGUUU